UAAAAAAUUGACUAAAAUAAAAAUAAAUAAAUAAAUAAAAAUUAGAAGGAGUAGCAGGGGAUUAGCAGUGGUGAAAUUGAAGAAUAAGGUGUUCAGAUCAAUCAGUGUUUUAAGAUCUGCAAUGGCUCAGCCUCCUCAAAUAGCCAUUCUUGGAGCUGGCAUUUUUGUUAAAACUCAGUAUAUUCCAAGAUUAGCUGAGAUUUCUAAUCUCUUUAUUCUCAGAGCUAUUUGGAGUCGCACUGCGGAAUCUGCCAGAAGUGCUGUUGAAAUAGCACAGAAGCAUUUCCCAAAUGUGGAAUGUAAGUGGGGAGAUGCUGGACUCGAGGAGAUCAUUAAGGAUAGUUCCAUUACUGGUGUUGCUGUGGUUCUUGCUGGACAAACCAUGGUGGAUAUGUCACUGAGGUUGCUUAAGGCAGGAAAGCAUGUCCUUCAAGAGAAACCAGCUUCCGCAACUGUGGACGAGGCUGAAAAAGCAUUGACUCACUAUAAUUCUCUUAGCGCCACAUUGACUCAGCAACCAAUAUGGGCCGUUGCAGAAAAUUAUCGCUUUGAACCUGCCUUCAUUGAGGGCAAGAAGUUAAUUUCUGAAAUUGGAGAAAUGAUGAAUAUCCAAAUAAUUGUUGAAGGAGCAAUGAACAGCUCAAAUCCUUACUUUGCUAGCUCCUGGAGACGCCAGUUUGUUGGUGGUUUCAUUCUAGACAUGGGUGUACAUUUUGUAGCUGGACUUAGGAUGCUUGUUGGAUGUGAGAUUACAUCAUUGUCAUCCAUGAAUUCUCAUGUGGAUAAGACUUUGCCUCCUCCGGAUAACAUCUCGUCAAUGUUUCAACUGGAGAAUGGGUGUUCCGGAGUUUUUGUGAUGGUGGUAUCUUCGAAGUCACCAAAGGUAAUCUGGCGAGUUGUGGGUUUAAACGGAGUGCUGCAAGUUGACCGUGGUAACAAGGAUGGAAAGCAUGGCUACUCAGUUUCCCUACAUAUGGCUGAUGGUCAAAGCAAGAGCUUCUUUUAUCCGUUUAGCGGGGUCACUGAUGAACUGAAAACAUUUCUAUCAGAUGUAUCAACGGCUAACCUGAAGAAGGACCAUAGCUCACACAUCGAUCCUCGUCUCUCAUUUGCUGAAGGUGCUCGUGAUGUUGCUGUUUUGGACGCGAUGCUCGAAUCAGGAAAGAGACAAGGAGCUCUGGUUCAAGUAAAAAAGUUCUAAUUUUACGCAGGCCUUACGCUCCUUAAAUAUGUCAUGCACAUGAUUCUUGAUCUUCGUACCAUGAAGCAAAUACGCUACUGGAAAUAA